AUGGUGGAGGACUGCGAGGAUGCUACCCCGCAGGUUUCCCCUUCGGACUUCAAGUCCCGGGGCACGCCUUCUUCCCCCUCCCGCUCCUCCAUCCCGGGGAAGGCCUCGAAGUACUCCAAGCCGCCGCCGAACGGAGGGAACCCUAGAAAUUCCAGAGCCUCUGCCAGUUCGCAUCCCGCUUUCCGGCGUGUGGCCGGUGUUUCUAGGGGUACGGCGAGGCUCCCCCUGGAAGCAGCCGACGAGCGUCCCGAGAUUACUAUCGGGGAGAAUGGCGUUGCCUACAAGAUUGGGAACGCGCCUUUCGAGUUCCAGUACAGCUACACGGAGACGCCGAAGGUGAAGCCCUUGGCGCUGCGGGAGCCGCCCUAUCUGCCGUUCGGUCCUGCAACGAUGCCCCGGCCGUGGACGGGAAGGGCACCGCUCCCUCCGAGUAAGAAGAAGCUCCCCGAGUUCGACUCCUUCCGGCCACCGCCGCCGGGGAAGAAGGGCGUGAAGCCUGUGCAGUCGCCGGGGCCAUUUCUGGCCGGGGCGGGGCCCAAAUAUGAAGCCGCCACAAGGGAGGAGACCCUUGGCGAGCCACUGACGCAGGAAGAGGUGAAGGAUCUGAUCAAGGCCUGCAUUAAGACAAAGAGGCAGCUGAACAUCGGUGCGUUUCUUGACCUCGUGAUCCCACAUUUCUGCAGGAAAAUCGGCGCAUCUCUUCGUUUCUUGGAAUGAAUUGGUGCUUCUCAUCCGAUAAAGCCGAUCUAAAUCGUCCUGCUCUGCAGGUCGAGACGGUUUAACACACAACAUGCUGGAUAAUAUACAUGCUCAUUGGAAGCGGAGAAGAGUGUGCAAGAUCAAGUGCAAGGGGGUCUGCACGGUCGACAUGGACAACGUCCGUCAACAACUGGAGGUCUGCUCUGUGAAUCUCUGGUCAACUCUUCCUGCUCCAUGGUUCCAAAUACUACCAUUGAAUUGCUUGGUCUUGAGAGGUUAUUCGAAUGGAUUGCCAGCUGAUAAUCUGGAGAAAGUGCCCUGUUCUUCCAUGCAUACUUAAGAGAACUGGAUCUCAUGAUCACUGUCUCAGCAACUGGAGUGCUGGAGCCAAUGGGUUCCAUGAUUUUCAUGUUCUUUUGUUGCCCACCUCUCAUUUGUCGUGAUCUCUUGCUCCUAACCUGGAUUUUUAUUUUAUUUUUGGGAAUCAGAACGUAAUACCCAGCUGGAUUUGACUGUGCCACGGAACCUUUUCAUGAUUAAAGUUAAUAUCGUAAAAUCAUACAUAUUUCUCAAAAAAAAAUGGAGAAGAACAUCUCCCUACUAUCAUCAGGAUGAAGCCUUUCUGUUUCCUCACAUGAAAUGCUGGUUCCAUGGCAGGAGAGAACUGGAGGGAAGGUGAUAUUCAGCAGAGGUGGAGUCGUGUUCCUGUUUCGUGGAAGAAACUACAACUACAGGACCCGGCCCAGGUUCCCUCUGAUGCUCUGGAAACCCAUACCACCUGUAUAUCCCAGGCUGGUUCAGCGUGCUCCAGAAGGAUUAACCCUAGAAGAGGCGACGGAGAUGCGCAAGAUAGGCCGCAAGCUUACUCCCAUAUGCAAGCUUGGUAAAGUUACUCCACCAUUUUUCCCCCAAGAAAAAAAAAAGUCUCCUUCAUCGAGAUAGAUGAUGGGUACCCAGAAAAAUCAUUCGUUGAUGAUGUGGGUACCGGGAAAAAUCUCUCCUUUAUCGAGAUAGAUGAUGGGAACCCAGAAAAAUCAUUAAUUGAUGAUGUGGGUACAGGGAAAAAUGUCUCCUUUAUCGAGAUAGAUGAUGGGUGCCCAGAAAAAUCACAUUGAUGAUGUGGGUACAGGGAAAAAUGUCUCCUUUAUCGAGAUAGAAGAUGGGUACCCUGAAAAAUCAUUCAUUUAUGAUGUGGGUACAGGGAAAAAUGGCGUGUAUUGUAACCUCGUCAAGGACGUGAAGGAAGCAUUUGAGGAAUGUGAGCUGGUCCGGAUCAACUGCCAGGGUCUGAACAAGAGCGACACUCGGAAAAUAGGAGCUAAGUUGAAGGUUUGGUCAACUCUUCCUCAUUUUAUACGCUCAUCUUGUUUUUUUUUCUUUCCCAAAAUGGUUAGAGAGCUUUUCUUCUGCGGCUGUGGCCACAGGAUCUGGUCCCUUGCAUCCUCCUCUCAUUCGAGCUCGAGCACAUCCUCGUGUGGAGAGGACGAGACUGGAGAUCCUCCCUUCUCCCAUCAGGAAGUGAACAGCCCGGUUCAGAAGAGCCCAAGAACUCGGCGGCGCUUGUGGGUCCCACUGACUGCUCAGAAGAAGACGCCCUCCUCCUCUCUGACUUGAUCGGAGAAUCGGCGGAGGAAAUGGGCGCCAUUUCAGACCUUGAGGCGAGCUCCGAGGAGGAUGAUCCUCCAGAAGAGCCCCCUCUCCGUGGUAGCAGCAGAAACCCAGAAGAUCACCGAUUCAUGGAAGGUGACGAUCCCUCUACGAGUGCUUGCUUGGCAGGAGUUCGGUCUCUGCUGAGCCUGGCCAUUGAGAGCGGGGGAGCAGUCGUCUUGGACGACGAGUCACUGGACGCCGACUCAGUCCGAGAGAGGGCAGCUCGGCUGGCGAGGACAGCCCCAGCAGGGCCGGUCUUCAGACACAGAGCCAAGAAAGCUCACCCUCAGAAGGCCCCGAAGGAGGGCAACCGGAGGAGCGAGGAGGAAGAGAGGCCCUUCCUGGAGAUGGGCAAGACCCUGAAGGAGAAGAAGGCCACGCCGAGUCGCAGGAGAGAGAAGAUCAACGAUGGGUUCCUGGAGAUGGGCAAGAGCCUGAAGGAGAAGAAGAUCCCGCCGAGUCGCAGGAGAGAGGUCAACGAUGGGUUCCUGGAGAUGGUGCCCCAUGGGAGCCUCGGAGUGGAUGAACUCGCCAAGCUGUUGACUUGA